AUGCUGUAUGUCCAUCAAGAAAAGUGGCAACAAGAUCUAUUGGUACGCUAUGGCAAUACCAUCAGUCUUAUUGAUGCAACAUACAAAACAACCAAGUAUGAUCUUGCGCUCUUCUUUAUCUGUGUAAAGACUAACGUUAACUACACAGUAGUUGCUGAUAUUGUAAUACAGCAUGAAACAGCUGAACAAAUUGCCGAAGCACUACAAAUCCUCAAAGAUUGGAACCCAGUCUGGAAACCACAAUUUUGGAUGACUGAUUACUCAGAAGCUCAAAUGACAGGCCUCACUACAUCCUUUCCAGAAUCAACCCUAUAUCUGUGUGACUUUCAUAGGGAACAAGCGUGGACACGAUGGGUAAGAGAUUUAAAACAUGGAUUAAACACCACAGAGAGUGAAUCACUGCUAGAAAUACUGAGAAAGAUGGCGUAUGCCCCUCCAUGCCAAGAGCCUGAUAAAGCCAUUGAUUACUUUUACAGAAAAGAAGAAGAGAACUUAAAGAAGAGUGGUGUGCGGCGUUGUCAUGAUCAAGUCAACCAGUGGCUGUCACGAAAGUGGCUGUGUAUUCCUGAUAAAUGGGCUCGAUGUUUUCGUGACAACUCCUAUCAUGCUGCAGUUGAAACAGACAAUGCGACUGAGGCUCAAAACAAGCUAUUGAAAUAUUCGUAUCUGCCAAGGAAGAGAGACCUGACUAUCAAGCAUUAUCGAGAUUCUCAUUCACCAUUUCCUACCAGAUCAAAGAGAAAGAUAUCUUUUCCUAAACUAUAAAGCAAGCACAGACUAUCGUUCCUAUGACAAAUCCAUACCAUCAUAUCUACAUAAUAGACCAUCUAGUAUUGUGGCUCAUUGUCUUGAAAGGAAGUCAUCUGCUCUCAAGUUUUGUGCUGAAGAUGUUUACUGCAAUCCUAUUAGAUCUGGUGUCUUUCAUGUGAAGUCACAGUCCAAAAAAGAUGUUUGGCAUACCGUUGAAUUCGGAUCUUUUCAUAAAUUACCAUCAUGUACUUGCACAGACUGGAAAAAAGAACAAAUUCCAUGCAAGCACUUUUU